CCCAACCACGCCAACUCCUCUCCCGGUCUCCCCGCCUCGCCUCGUCUCUCUCCCCCCGCGCGCGAGCGCUAAACCUAGCACCCUCUCCCUCCCUUUCUCCGGCCCCCGCGACGCCACUCCACGCGACCGACGCGAAAAACCGCACGCAACAACGUGCACGUACGUGCGACGGCGAGGGAGGGAGGCGGUAUGGUGUUCAACGUCGCGUGGCUGGCGGCGGCGGCGAGGGUGCCGGCGGAGCUGUGCCAGGGCGCGCCGAGGCCGGGGAGGCGGCGGCUGCGCGCCGACGAGGUGCUGCGCGCGCUGCUCCUGCCGCCCGCGCGGGAGCUCGAGCGCCUCGCCGACUGGCUCUUCGUGUUCUUCUGCCUCCCGCUGCCGGACUACUACGUGCCGGGCUCCGGCCGCGGCGGGCUGCUCGUGGCGCGGGCGCCGUCGGGCGCGCUCCUCUACGCCGGCGGUAGGUACCAGAGGUCCCUCUUGCUCUCGUCGCCGUCGUCGUCCUCCUCCUCGUCUUCGUCCAUGUCCUCGUCGGAUCAGUACUACUAUUAUUCUGACGAUUAGGAAGCGCCAACCAUAAGUGUACAGGAUGCAAAUUCAAUCGUGGUUUAUUCGUCGUCUCGUCAUUGUUUUUUUUCUUCUUUUUCUGCUAAAUUCUUUGUAACUUGUACAUAUAUGGGUUAUUGAACCAACAAAUUGAAAUGGUGUUUUUGUUAAUUUUGUUGGUUAACGUCUUAAAGAUUGUUCUGUUUCUAAGAUUUUAGGUGUUUGAUGAUUUUGCGAUAAUUAACUUCGUUGAUUAAGGAAAAAAAAGGUAGGGUAUCAAAAUGAUGUCUUUGUUCUUAACAUGAGUGCAACAUCCAUAGUUGGACUUGGA